AUGAGUUCUAAACCACACAUAAUUGAUUCUGGCCAUGCUCGUCUUCACGAACUCGGUUACAAACAAGAACUCAAACGCGACCUAUCGGUACUUUCCAAUUUUGCGUUUUCGUUUUCGAUCAUAUCAGUGUUAACUGGUGUAACAACACUUUACAAUACUGGUUUGAAUUACGGAGGUCCUGUUUCGCUUGUUUAUGGAUGGCUUAUAGCUUCCGCUUUCACCAUGCUUGUUGCUUUAUCAAUGGCGGAGAUUUGUUCGUCUUAUCCCACGUCUGGUGGACUUUAUUAUUGGAGUGCUAAACUUGCCGGUCCGAAUUGGGCUCCUUUUGCUUCAUGGAUUACUGGAUGGUUCAAUAUUGUGGGUCAGUGGGCAGUGUCAACAAGUGUAGAUUUUUCACUUGCACAGCUCAUUCAGGUUAUCAUUCUUCUUAGUACUGGUGGAAAAAACGGCGGUGGUUAUGAAGGAUCUAAAUAUAUAACUAUUGCUUUUCAUGGUGGAAUUUUAGUCCUACAUGGUAUAAUAAACAGCCUUCCUAUCUCAUGGUUAUCGUUCUUAGGGCAGUUGGCUGCUUUCUGGAAUGUUUUAGGUGUUUUUGUGCUUAUGAUUGUCAUUCCAUCUGUUGCACCGGAAAGAGCUAGUGCCAAAUUUGUUUUCACUAAUUUCAAUAGCGACAACGGGGCAGGAAUCAAUAGUAAACCCUAUAUAUUUCUCUUGGGACUUCUAAUGAGUCAGUACACGCUAACAGGAUAUGACGCAUCAGCUCAUAUGACAGAGGAAACAAAAGAUGCUGAUAUAAACGGACCAAAAGGAAUUAUCAGUGCUGUUGGGAUAUCUGUUAUUGCUGGAUGGGGCUAUAUACUCGGAAUUACCUUUGCUGUUACCGACAUUCCUUACCUUUUGAAUGAAAAUAAUGAGGCUGGUGGAUACGCCAUUGCCGAAGUAUUUUAUCUUGCAUUUAAGAGAAGAUUUGGCCAUGGAGUUGGUGGCAUUAUUUGCUUGGGAAUUGUUGCUGUUGCUAUAUUUUUCUGUGGUAUGAGUUCAGUUACCGCCAAUUCAAGAAUGGCUUAUGCUUUCUCAAGAGACGGGGCCAUGCCAUUGUCGUCUUUGUGGCACAAAGUUAACAGGCAGGAGGUCCCCAUAAAUGCAGUUUGGCUUUCUGUUUUAAUAUCUUUUUGCAUGGCACUGCCGUCUCUUGGAAGUAUAGUGGCAUUUGAGGCCAUGGUGUCCAUAGCAGUGAUUGGCCUCUACAUUGCAUAUGCAAUACCUAUCUUCCUCAGAGUGACCUUGGCGCAGAAGCGGUUUGUUGCAGGGCCUUUCAACUUGGGUCGUUACGGAGUAGUUGUUGGUUGGAUUGCAGUUAUUUGGGUGGCAACAAUCUCUAUACUAUUUUCAUUACCCGUUUCAUAUCCAAUAACCAUCGAAACACUUAAUUACACACCUGUUGCUGUUGGAUGUUUGCUCAUUAUAGUACUUUCUUAUUGGUUAAUUAGUGGUAGGCAUUGGUUUACAGGCCCUAUAACCAAUAUACCAAAGUGA